AUGUCUCAUAUGUUCGGGUUUAUCCUCAAAGAUCGCACAUACGAUCUUAUUGAUGUCAGCGGCCUUGCCCCUCCUAGAAUUGCGAAAGACUCCAUUGAUCAGUUGGUAAUGAGGCCUGAAAGCAACAAGAAUACGAUCAAGGCGAUUGCUCAGACCUCCCGGUACUGGCAAGACACUCACAGCUGGCCAUUGCUUAGCAUCACCGCAGCUGAUCUGGGUCAUGAACCAGUCGAACUAGAGAGAAAUCUCCUCAAGUUCUUUAGAGACGCCAAUAGCUGGGACGCCAUCGUACCUUUGGACGAAGCCGACGUGUAUCUGGAACGACGUUCAAGCAAUGAUCUUAAGAGAAAUAGUAUCGUGUCAAUUUUUCUACGCGCGCUUGAAUACUUCCAAGGAAUUCUGUUUUUAACUACUAAUCGUGUGGGCGACUUUGACGAAGCGUUCUUGUCUCGUAUCCAUGUGGCGAUCGGCUAUGAGCCCCUUGAUGACGCGGCGCGGGAGCAGAUCUGGAGUAACCUCUUCCGCAAACUUAAGGAAGAUCACAAACACGGCGGGCUGGAUAUCCAUUAUGAAUAUGGUGCUAAAGAAUAUGUUCGAAAGAGCGAGGAAAUCAAGAAGCUGGAAUGGAACGGUCGCGAAAUUCGUAAUGGUAAGUUGGCCUUUCUGUCUCGUGUCUCCCCUUGGCUAAAUUUCAUACCUACGGCUUUUCAAUCCGCUGUUGCGCUUGCACUCUACGAUUCUAGGAAGGCUAGGGAAAGUGGUGUCUCGAUUGAGGAUUCUAUCCCGGAAGUCAAAGAGGCGCAUCUGAAAGAAAUUGCGCACAUGUCUACAGCGUUUAAGAAUUACAUCACGUCUACUCAUCAAGGCGUUAAGGAUUCAGACAUGGCAUAUAGACUCGGAAUCCGAGAUGACAACUUCGGUAAGUCUCAGAAGACAGCAUGAAUGGGUAUCAAGAGAUGCGAUAUACGCCACGGUCUCGAAGUUAGUAGCUAGCUAUUUAACAUUAAGUACAUUAGGUAGUCGACCAUUUAGAGGAUAUGCAACGCAUUUUGAAGUAGGGGUGAAACUCAUGGCGCUUAUCUGUUUAUUAACGGGACCUAGCCUUCGUAGAUCUAGAUCUAGAUCCUAGAAUGUG